GCGGACGCGGCGGCCGAGGCGGUGCGGGGCAGGCGUUGUCUCCGGAGCGCGAGCGGACAUGGCGGCGGCGUUUCGGAAGGCGGCGAAGUCCCGGCAGCGGGAACACCGAGAGCGAAGCCAGCCCGGCUUUCGAAAACAUCUGGGCCUGUUGGAGAAAAAGAAAGAUUACAAGCUUCGUGCAGAUGACUACCGGAAAAAGCAAGACUACCUCAGAGCUCUCCGGAAGAAGGCUCUUGAAAAAAAUCCAGAUGAAUUCUACUAUAAAAUGACUCGAGUUAAACUCCAGGACGGAGUUCACGUUAUUAAGGAGACUAAGGAAGAAGUAACUCCAGAACAGCUGAAACUGAUGAGAACCCAGGAUGUCAAAUACAUAGAAAUGAAAAGGGUUGCGGAAGUUAAGAAAAUUGAAAGACUAAAAUCAGAGCUCCAUCUGCUGGAUUUCCAGGGGAAGCAAAAGAAUAAGCAUACGUUUUUUUUUGACACCAAAAAGGAAGUUGAGCAGUUUGAUAUUGCCACUCACCUGCGAACAGCCCCGGAACUAGUUGACAGAGUCUUUAACAGACCCACAAUAGAGACCUUGCAGAAGGAGAAGGUGAAGGGGGUUACCCAGCAGAUUCGACUGAAGCGAAUAGCUAAAGAAAGGCAAAAGCAGUAUAACUGCCUGACACAGCGGAUUGAACGUGAGAAGAAAUUGUUUGUUAUUGCACAGAAAAUUCAAACGCGCAAAGAUCUUCUGGAUAAAACUCAGAAGGUGAAGGUGAAGAAACAAACAGUGAACUCCCCAGCUAUUUACAAAUUUCAGAGUCGUCGAAAACGUUGAAGUGGUAUAGAUAAGCUCUGUCAUUCCACACGGAAGAGAAUCCCCCCCGCCCCGUCACUGCACAUUCCAUUACUCUGAACAACAUGGUUUUUCCCAUUUGUAAACUUAAUUUAUUAUAGAUCUGUCUGACUUUUGAUACCUUUUUGUGAACAACAUUAAAGCCCCUUCCUCUGUUAUACUGUU